AUGUUCACCGAAUUACUGACAAGCAUCAGCCUAUCCAGUAAGCGCCUAUUAAUAGGGGCUGACUGUAACGGUCAUUCUGUUAGAUGGUUCAACAAUGACACAAACAGAAGGGGGAAAACUGUUGAGGAAAUGAUCGAYGAUCAAGAACUCGGCAUUCUAAAUACCCCUCAAGAGCUCAAAACAUMCAAAAGACAUGGCAUGGGCGAGUCAAACAUUGACAUCACCUUGGCCACCAUGGCGAUUCGAAGUUUAGUGAGAGACUGGUCAGUGACCAAUAGGAUCGAUAGCGAUCAUCGACUACUGGAAAUGACACUUAGUCUCAAAAAAUCAAAACACAAAAAUUCUGGCAUMAGGUUUAACACUGAAAAAGCAGACUGGAAUAAGUUCAAACUAGUACUCCUGGGUCUCAUGUCCCAGAUUCAAGAGGACUCAGUUGAGGAAAGUGCAAAUGGUCUAACUAAGGUUAUUGUCCAAGCAGCGAAACUCUCCAUGCCWAUGCGUGGCAGGGCGAAGACCGGGCUCGUCAUGCCUCCCUGGUGGACGGACGAUCUAACCAAGUCAAAAAAGUCAUUACAAAAAGCAAGACGGGAAGGUCUCCCUGAACUAAACAGACAGGCUUACCACCGUCUAAGAAACCAACACCUGCACAAAAUAAGACUCGCUAAAAUGACUUUAUGGCGAGAAUUUAGUUCAGACAUGAACAGCAACCAUUGGGGCAAAUCAUUUCGAUGGGCAAAGAGUGGCUCACGGAAGAAUCCAAUGCCCUCUACGGUGAAGACCUGCACAGGGACAUAUACCACUGGCCUAAAAGAUAYGCUGGAUACGUUYCUUGAGGCUUAUCUUCCCGAGGAUCAGGAACCUCCAACCUUCACGCCUUACGAUCAUCAAGCAGAUGAUACGCCUGUUGACAGCACAACCGCUCAAGAAGUGAAAGAGGCUAUAUGGAAAAUGAAGCCGAAUAAG